GUGCACGUCCAAAAGAGGCGCGCGCCACUUUCUCCGAUCUUGACUCCGCUUCCAUCCCACCGCGACACGAGACGACAAUGAGGUGGCCGAUCGAUCGAUCUCGAGGGCAAGGCAACAUCCAUCGGCGACGACGUCGAACGCAAAUGUGAUCAUGGAAGUCGUCGAGCUGGAAGUGAUGCCUCUCUUCUCGCAGCAACACCACCAUCACCGCGAUGAUCAAUACCACGGUCACGCCGGCCGCGUACCCUGCGCAGCUCAUCGCAGAUCUCGACGCUCGGACGCCGACGGCGAUCGCUGAGCUGCACCGAUUUGCGUACAAUCUCAUCGUUCCGGCGAGGACGAGACAGGUCAAGCAGGCUGACGCUGUCGCCGCGCCGUUGCUCAUGGCCAUGGUUGGGAUAGGGGUCUGUCUACUGGGCUACCAGGCGUGGAAAGGCAGACUAUGGCUGCUACGCUCGCGCAGCAUUGGCAGUCGUACCUAUUGGGUAUGGCACGCCUCGCACGGCUUCCUCCUCCUCGAAUCAGUCUGCUGCGCCAUCUUCUUCCUCAAGCGCCGUCUGCAACUACACCGCGACAACAAGGCUGCCACCUUGCCCAACCCCCAGAAUUUUGCCUUCGUCGACGUACUCGCCCUGGGCGCAUUCUGGUCCGGCGUCCUCUCGCUAACCAUGGCGUCUUUCAUCGCCUGCGAAGGAGCUAGCUACAAGCUGGGCAAGCGUCGUUGGAUGCAUCCAUGGAUCAUCAAUGGCCUCACCUUUGGCGCACCUCUCGUCAUGGGCGCAUCUCUCGUCACGCCCAUCGUCCUCUCCCGUCGAGCCAUGAGCGGGGCAGUCAAGAGCUACAAGGUUCUCGUCGCCAUGGAUUCGCAGGCCACCACGACUGACCUGAUCGCGCAGACGUCGGAUCUCUGGUCCCUCGUCAGGCAGAGCGUCUUUCACCUCGGUGUCUGCUAUGCCAUCUUCGCCGCAUUCGAGCUCGUCCUCCUCUUUGGGCUAGGCGCGUCGGCGUAUAAGCUGAUGCGUCUACAACGAGAGCAGGUUCAUAUGGCGCAGAACAGACUGGAGCUCCAACUAGCAGAUCGUCCCUACACUCUACGCCGCAACUCGUCCAAAGCCGUCACCCCGCUGCGAGACACGCCCCCGGCUGAGGCCGACGAGUCGCAACGUUUGAGCAAUCGUCGUCGGCAGCUCAUCAUGACGGGAUCCUUCUUCGGUGCCCUCUUUGUGGGGGAGUGCCUCUUCAUUUCCCUCUCCCUCUACCACGCUCUCGCUGCACAACGCAGCUAUGCCCGCGGCCCAAAGGAGGGUACGCGCGUCGUCAUUCUAAUCGAUCUGGCCGUGGGAUGGUCAAUGGUGGUGCUCGCCGCACUCACUUUUGCCGUUUCGGCGUUGAGGGUGCUGAGCGUGGUGGAAAAGACGGAUAGUAGUAAGAGUAGGCAGUCCCAGUCGGGGUCGGCGGAGGGAGCGGGGAUGACGGCGACGACUCCAAUGCCCAAUUCGCCUUCGCCGAUGUGGCAGGUGCCGCAUUUGAGCAAGAGAAUGGAGAUUGUCGAGAUACGAAUGGAAGGGGAAGAGAAGGAGAGGAAGGUGAAGCGACCCCCUUUCUUGAGGCAGAGCGCUUUUGUAUAAAAUUCGGAGGUCAUCGUGGGUCACCUUGUUCCGUACGCAAAAAAAUGUAACCAUAUUGCAG